AUAAUAUUGAAUUUCCUCCUAUCGUGUAUAUAUAUAAUUGCUUGGACAUUGGUUUCUUUGCUAUAAACCUUUCUUUCUUGUUCAACCAUGGCACAACAAGAAGAACAAUUCAAUGUUGUUGAAGUUUGCAAUGUUGAACCAUUUCAUGAACCAACAAAACCUUCUCAGUCACCAACCUCACUUCCACUAACUUUCUUUGAUCUUCUAUGGCUAAGAUUUCCACCAGUUGAACGUCUCUUCUUCUAUGAAUUCACAAACUCAACCAAUUUUUUUUAUGAAACUUUUCUUCCAAAUCUCAAACACUCACUUUCACUCACACUUCAACACUUUCUCCCUUUCGCCGGAAACAUAGUUUGGCCUAUUGGUUCAUCGAAACCAAUCAUAAACUAUGUUCCCGGUGAUUUUGUUUCCUUCACGGUUGUUGAAUCAAACUCAAGUUUCAAAGAUCUUUCUUCUAAUCAUUGUGAAGCUUCAAAAAGACAUCAUUUGAUACCCCUUUUGAAAACUUCACAUGAAAAAGCUUCUUUGGUUUCGUUUCAAGUCACUUUGUUUCCAAACAAUGGUUUUUGCAUUGGAAUAACAACACAUCAUGCUGGUUUUGAUGGAAAAUCUUCAACAAAUUUCAUGAAAUCAUGGUCCUAUAUUACAUCUUCUAUUUCUAACCUUGAUUCAUCUUUUUUAUCUUUACCUGAAAAUCUAACACCUUUUUUUGAUAGAUCAUUGAUACAAGAUCAUAAUAAUGGAAUUGGAAUCAGUGAAGCAUAUGUUAUUGAUAUUAUGAAACAAGGUGGACCAAACAAUAAAAGUGUCAAGGUUAUAGAUUUUCCUAGUACAUUGAAAAAUGAUGCAAUUAAAAGCUUCUUUGAAUUAACACCUUCAAAUAUUCAAAAGCUUAAGCAACAUGCAAAAAAUGAGAUGAAGAUGAAUGUUACUAAUUUGUCAACAUUUUCAGUUACAUGUGCUUAUGUGUUAUCAUGUUUAGCAAAAGCAGAAAAACCAAAGGAUGAAAAAGUGAUUUUAAUAUUUGCUGUUGAUUGUAGAACAAGAUUGGACCCUCCAAUUUCUUCUAUGUAUAUUGGAAAUUGUAUUGCAGGACAAAAGGUUAAGCUUGAGCCAAAGAAAUUAGUUGAAAAAGAUGGAUUUUUAAGUGCUUUAGAAGGGAUGAGUGAAGGUUUGAAUAAGGUGAAAAAUGAUGGAGUGUUGAAUGGAGCUGAAAACUGGUUAAGUCAUAUGGUAAAUGCUAAUGAGAGUAUUAAAAUAUAUUCUAUUGCUGGAUCACCAAGGUUUGAAGUUUAUAGUAUUGAUUUUGGAUUUGGAAAGCCUAAAAAAGUGGAUACUACUUCAACUGAUAAAACAGGAGCAUUUUCUAUUAGUGAAACUAGGAAUAAUGAUGGUGGAGUUGAGAUUGGUUUGGCUUUAAACAAGCAAGAGAUGGAAACUUUUUCUACCCUUUUUGUUCAAGGACUUGAAUGCAUUUAAAGUUUCAAACUUUACUACUAGUUUGAAGAAAACACAAUUGUUUGAAUAUAUGUUUCAGGCAAUUUGUUUUGGUAUGAAUAAAUGUAAUUUUGUUAUUGUUGUUAUCGAUUGCUCUGCACUCUUUUUUCCUUGUCAGGCUUUUUCCCACUGGAUUUUCUUGACAAGGUUUUUAAUGAGGCAGAGACUGAGUUCUCUUGAUCUUUUGGCUUGGUUUUGGUCUAGUCCCCCAAGUGCUAUGUAACUUUAUCUUUUUUAAUAUUAUUUUGGGAGUUUAAAAAAAAAAUUUAAAUUUGUAUUCAAUGUGCAACAUCAGCAUUAUUUUUAUUAUGAUUGCAAUAAUGCAAUCUUCUAUAGACUGCAUAGCCAGAGUACCCUUUGGAAGAUGUAUUCAAUGUAUGUCUGUACUUUUUUCAAUUCAUCCUUGCUUUAAUUUCUGGCUAUCCAU